AUGAGCGAAUUUCGUAAGUUUGAUCCGGAGAACCAGAGACAAACUGAGAGAGAUAAUGAGGAAAGCAGCAAGCUUACGAGUGAAUAUGAGUCAUUUUCUCCAAUACAAGAUAUAAACAAGGUGUUCGAAGAAUGCAAAUUUGGCCGCUUUCAUAUCAGAUUGCUGCUCACGACUUUUGCAGGAUUUAUCGCUUCUAUACUAGUCACCAAUUCAACUUCGUACUUACUUCCGAUUGCUGAGUGUGAUCUUGAUAUGAACCUGAGGCAAAAAGGAUUAUUAACUGCCAUGCCAUUUUUUGGUAUGUUGAUUUCGUCUGUGAUAUCAGGGUUUUUAAUCGAUACAUUUGGAAGAAUUAUAUUUCUAAAGUUAGGUUAUGGAGGAUUAUUCUUUUUUACGUUAUUGUCAGCGUCCAGUCAAAAUUAUGGGAUGUACGCCGCUGCUAAAUUCGGUGAAGGAGUUUUAGUCGGAAUAGCCAAUACGGGGAUAAUGUCGAUUACAUCUGAGUUCUGUCACCCGACGGUUCGAGAUCGCGUGAUGUUGUGUCAAUCAGCCUUCGGAGCUAUGGCCCAAAUUAUAUGUCCAGCCAUGGCCUGGGGGAUUCUUCUGCAGGAUUGGGAAUGGAGCUUUUUUGGUGGCAGUUUUGUACUUAAAAUAUGGAAUUUCUACUUAUUUGCCAUGUCAUUUUGGUCGUUCGUGGGUUAUUUUUUGUACUCAACUUUACCAGAAAGUCCAAAGUUCUUGGUAACACAGAAGAAGUAUUUAGAAGCAAAGAAUAUUUUAGUGAAUGUUUAUGCAGAAAACACAAGAAAAGCACCAGAAACAUUUCCGUAUCCUAACUUAUGGGACCAAGAAAUACUAGAAACCACAUCAAAAGUAACACAGAAACACAGUUUUGGAAUGUUCCGUACUCAAGUUCUAAUAGGCCUGCGUAAUAUGAAACCUAUGUUGCAAAGACCUUUGAUAUCCUAUUUGAUAAUAUUAGGAACUAUGCAACUAGUUAUAGUUGGAAUAUACGACGUGUUACGGCUCUGGUUUCCACAAUUGUCAACAAUCGUCGAACAUUACGAUUUGGAUGCAAGUCAGAAUUUAUGCGCAUUAGUGGACAACUAUACUGCUACCGAAAAACUAAGGAUAGCUAACUCUACACUGAAUAGUACGGAAGUUUGUGUACCGCACAUCAGUGGUAUGGAAACUUAUAUCGACAGCAUCAUAAUAGGUCUGGUCUGUAUUGUCCCAUACUUCAUAAGCGGCGUGAUAGUCAACAAAGUGGGGAAGAAGAACCUUCUAAUCUUGUCAGGUAUCAUCUGUAUCGGCGCACUGUUGGGCAUACGAUGGGCGCAAUCCAAGACUAUGAUGGUAGCGCUAUUCUCUGUUGAUGUGGCGAUCAUGCAGACUAUGAAAAGCUUGACGCAAAUGGUUUUAGUGGAAGUUUUUCCUACGACUAUAAGAUCCGUUGCAAUGUCUUUAGUGAUAGUACUCUCUCGGAUCGGCACCUUAAUAGGAAAUAUCGGCUUUCCUAUACUCCUAGACAAAGGGUGCGAGGUCCCGUUCUAUUCUAUGGCGGGGAUGAUGAUAUGUCUUAUCGUGCUGUCAAUGUUCACGCCGAAGAAAAAAGAUACUUAA